AUGUCCAUGGAUCCAACCUCAGAUACCAAGCAAGUCCCUCUUGAUGUUAUUUCAUGCCGUGGCUCUGAUAAUGGUACAGUUAUUGACUAUAGUAAGACUAGUCCUUGUAGGACCUCUGCUCAGUUGAAGGUACGACAGUUGGAUGAAAGGCAAGAGUUGGAACUUCGUGAAUUCAAGGCUAAACAAAGACAGGAAAGGUUGCGUCUGCAUAAAGAACUCAACUUAGAUGUGAAUGGGGGUUUAGGUGAUACCUUUUCCUUGGAUGAUGAUAUAAAGUGUCACAAAUCAGUUUGUCUUGGCAUUGACCCUCAUAGCAGUUCUGAUCGUGAAACGACUAGCCAGGCGAGCAGCGCAGAAAACAAAGGGGUUGCCGCUACGUUGCCUUGUGUCAGUGUUGGCCAUGAGUUGCCGAAAGUAGAAUUAAGCAGCUUUGACGGACAUCCAGCCAAAUAUUGGAAGUUUAUGAGGCAGUUUGAGCUCUACGUUGUCUCUAAGGUUGAUGAUGAUGGACAGAGGCUGUUAUACUUGUUACAUUACUGUAAAGGUAAGGCCAGGGAGGCUAUAGAGGAAUGCAUUAUGUUACCACCAUCUGCUGGUUAUCGUAGGGCUCGGGAUAUACUCAACGUUUGUUUGGAAGGACUCAUGAAGUCAGCCGGGCCUUACUACAGGAUCUGA